CACUGUCACUGGAACUGUAGCAGCCCAAGACUUCGAGCUUGCGCAGUAGGGCAGAACCACGGGAGCUCGAACUACGGUGUCUACUCGUUCGCCGAACAAAUCCGCAAGUACACUACAGGGUCAUUGAACGUGUUUGCAGCAUGCAUUCUUCUACAGAUAAAAAGACCUUUCUCCUGGACGAGCCCAGCAGUACAAGUAGCUGUCGGUCUCGACCAGUUCACAACCCUUGGGUUGUGCUGUGUUCUCUGCUCCUUAUUGUGUCAGCGGUGUUUGCUGCGGCGUUUGUCGGAGGCUACUACUUGGGGAAAAACAAGGGAACGCCCGAGUCACGCGAGUCAACAGAUUACUAUACUCACAAAGCAUACAGCUUCAACUAUGACGGCAACAGCCACGUCAUUCCCGCAUUCCGUGGUGCUCUACCGGUUGAAGAAUUUAUUCAACCGCGUGCUGUGGUGGUGAACGGACAGUUGAUGAGUGUACCAGGAAAUCCAAUCCUCACACCGAAGGGAACAAGUCAAAUAUUUAUCUACCAGUACCAAGAUGAGGUGAGCUUCAUUGUGACAGCUACUGGUCAGAACUAUGGAGAAGAAGUAGUGAACGCCUCCAUGUCAGGAGAAGGGCAGUACACAUUGAGAACAUCCGGCUUGCAGGGAGAGUUAGUCCAACUGACCGACGGCUAUCAUCAGAUGUACGAUCGCAUCGCCAUUCCAGACAGUUUCUCAACCAAUUUGCAGUGGGGCAACGUGGGCAGUCACGGUUACAUCUUUGUUCUCAGUGACCCAAGCUCUUUGGAUGCCACACUGGACUUCACCCGUGUAGCUGGAUCACAGCAACCUUUGAAUAUCCGUGGUUGUUACCAGUAUGAUACAGAAAUUACUGACCUGCCUUCUCUAGAUUUGCCAUUGACAAUAACUCCUUACUCUGGAAAGUUCUCUCUUCACAAUAAACCUGAUAUUAUGUCUGAAACACCUGUGGACGGCUCUCCAGACUCUUCAAACUUGAAAGUGGUUCGCUUCAAUUCAAAUAGCCGCCGUCGUCGAUCCAUGGCUACCCGUGUCUCUCAUGGACUCGCUUUCAUUCUGUCACACCCCGACACCAAAGAGAUCCUUCACAGAAUUGAACUUACUCAUGAACCGCGUCAUGGCGGAAAAGAAGGCAGCAUGUGCUGGAAUGUUCAGAACAACGUGGACCGCGUAGAGGCUUCCUUCUGUCCUUUUUUCCAUAAUGCACUUUAUAAUGGUCUAGAUGGCAAGCCAAGCGAUAACGGCAGUCACAGCAUGCUCAUCAACACUCACUAUCGUAUCAUGAAUGACGACUCUGGUUUGUCAGACACGUGGAAUCAUGCGGCUUUUCUGGUUCACGACAUUAACCGUGACUCUAUUUUGAGCGAGCUGCACAACAACAGAGAUAAGCGAAGCUUUUUUGGAAGUAUCUUCCACGGGGUGGAAAGCAUUGGAAAAGACAUCGCACACGGCGUCACCAAAGGAUACGACGCAGUCAAGAGCGGCGUGAAAACUGCCAUUCACGAUGUGGGACACGCAGUCACGUCCGCGGCUAGCACAAUAGCAAAGUCGUAUCAUUGCGGCUGGGUGAAAUCUAUCGAGGAAGGAGGAAAAUGUCUGAAAGGCGGAGUAGAAUGCGGUACAGAUAUUGCCGGUGAAGAUUUCACCCUCGGUCUCGACACAGUUGAGACCGUAUACAGCUGCGGAUCAGCCAUAAAGGACUGCGUGGAGUACGGUCGCAACUGCUUCUAGAGCAGACGCUUGUUCCAAGAACAUGAAAACUCCAGCAUCUAGGCUGCUUGCAUGUUCCCCUCAGCUCAUGGUUAAACUGUAAUUGUUUUGUUAGGGGGGUAUACAAAUUACGUAUCUGGUUUCAAUUGGCUGUGAUCAUAAUGUCAUUUGCUGUGAUCUUGUGGACGCUUCAUAAAUCAAAAAUAGACACAUUUUCUACUCA